GGAGCGUGACCACCCUGAAGGCCCUGAGCCUGCGGCACUGCCCCCUGGAGUUCCCGCCACAGCUCGUGGUGCAGAGGGGGCUGGUGGCCAUCCUGACCUUCCUGCAGAUCUGCGCGGCCGAGUGCGCGGUACCCCGAGAUGGCUCCCCUCGAGUUAAAAAGAUGACCGCGAGGGAUCUGCCACAGCCCCUGUUGGACUUAUCCGAAGAGCAGAUACCUAACAAAGAAGCCAUUCGUUCUCAGGAGCCAAAGAGAAGCAUGCUAACAGAGAAGGCAGACUCUUUCCCACCUGUGGAAGCACUAGGCCUGCUCGGGCCCAGGAGUUCCACCGAGACGCCGGAGGACUGGCCGAGCGAGGAGGAGAUCCGGCGGUUCUGGACGCUGCGGCAGGAGAUCGUGGAGAGUGAGCGGGCGGGGGCGCUGGGGAACCAGCUCCUGCCGGUGGAGCUGCCCCCCAACCUCAGGGCCGCGCUGGGCUCCAAGGGGAAGCCGCUCCCCCGCCCGAGGCCCCGCUUCAGGAUGAAGGUGCCCUCUUUCCAAGGCGUCCUGCCCGAGCUGGGCUCCGCCCGGCAGGCCCUGGUCCGCGCCAGCCAGCUGGGGGAGAGCAGGGGCCUGGCCCUCCGGGAGCUGCGGGAGAGGCAGGCUCAGGAGCAGAGCCGGAGAGACAAGCGAGUGCUGCAGGAGUGGAGGGAGCGCGCCCAGAUGAGGAGAAGGCCGGAGGAACCCGGGAGCCUGCUGGCGCCACCCCCGCGGAGGAACCCGAACCACGCAGCCUUUAUCCUGCCUCCCUGGCCCCCACUCAGGGCCCCUCCGCCCAGAAGAACCUGUCGCGGCUGCUUCCGGGGAGGACGGAGAAGGCCUCCUGCUAGAGACUCUGGACGGUCACCAUCGGAGCUUGUGGGGUCCCUGAGGGGGGCGGCAAAGAUGGCCCUUGCCACGGACCUGAGAGAGAAAGGGAAAAUACUGAAGAAUUUGCCUGGAAAAGUGAAACAAAGCAAAGAAGAACCGCUGCAAGCGUGUCAGGAAAUGAGACACCCCCUCCUUCACGAGGCGCUGCGUACAUGUCCACGUCCCCGCAGUGGACUCCGAGGGCAGAUUCUGGCGGAGAUGCUGAAGCCGCAGACCCAGCAGCUGGAUGCGCGGAGGAGCAGGUUCCGGGGGCUGGCGCCCCUCGAGGGCGUCGGGAGGGCCGCCCGAGACGUGGAGAUGGCCCGGAGGCUGCAUGAUGAAGUCCUGAAGCUGAAACUGAGGUCGGCCUUGAACAGAAACCACCAGUGCGCUGCUCUGCCCGGGAGCCUGUCGCUCGGGCCGGCUGCGUCCCAGCCUCAGAAUAUAUUUUUUAACCCAAAGUAUUAAGAAUCUGAAGACGUUUACAGACACUACUCACCUGGAAGACGGCCGUGGCUCGCGCCCUCCCAGGGCGCCCCCUGGCGCAGAGCCUGAGGGCCUGCGUCUCCAUCCCUCCAUCCUUACGUCCUGAGCUUACAUCCUUACAUCCUUACAUCCUCACGAGGCGGUCUGAGCUGCAUUAAAGGAGAACGUGGUGACA